AUGGCCGACGAGACCAACGCAAGCGCAUCAUCUGCGCAGGAGCCCCCGAUUGCUGCAGAAGGGCUUGCUGCAGAAAACAAUGCGCUCGAUCAAGACACCAACAUGCUCGAGGACCCAGCCCCAAAAGAGUCUUCGCAGUCACCCGUGCCAAACACGCCUGCUGUAGCUUCAGACAAUCCCCUCGAUGCGCCCGACGGCCCCCGCCCUGAAGCAGAAGAUGCAGACGGCCAGGACGACGAGGAAAUGGGCGGCGUCGAUGACGCCAAGAAAGAAAAGGACGGCGAUGGCGCGCAAGCCACUGACCCAGAGGCACAAGCCAAAGCCGAUCUUCAAUCUGCUGCGCGCUCACAUUUUGUCAAACAGACAUAUGCGACCAUCAUCCCCAGUUAUGCCACCUGGUUCGACAUGCGCUACAUCGACUUCCGCGAGCGCAAGGCGCUGCCCGAGUUCUUCAACGGCCGCAAUCGCAGCAAGACGCCCGCAGUGUACCGCGAUUACCGUGACUUCAUGAUCAACACCUACCGCUUGAACCCCUCCGAGUACCUCACAGUGACAGCCUGCCGAAGGAACUUGGCAGGAGAUGUCUGCGCCAUCAUGCGCGUACACGCCUUCCUUGAGCAAUGGGGACUCAUCAAUUACCAGGUCGACCCUCAAGAACGGCCUUCGAAUAUUGGACCUCCUUUCACAGGCCACUUCCGCGUCACGGUCGACACACCUCGCGGACUACAGCCAUUUCAGCCAGGCCCAGGCUCCAAAAUCACUGAUGGCAAGCAGCACGCAGGUACCGACCGCGCCGCGAGCUUGCAACCCACUGCCAAGAGCGAGACCAAAACGCUCGCUGGACGCAACAUCUACGAGGCAAACGGCAAGGAGGCUUCCGCCGAGCCCAAGGAGAAGGCUACCAAUGGCGAGGGAGCCGCGAAUGGUGGCUCAGUAGAUGUAAAGGAUCUCGAAGCUGCAGUCAAGGAGCCCCUCAAAGUGAUCAACUGCUUCAGCUGCGGUGUCGACUGCACUCGCGUACAUUUCCACGAAGCCAAGCCAUCCGAACAACCCGGACAGACCAAGUCAGUAGGUGGAUUGAAGCGCGAUCUGUGCCCCAGGUGCUUUGUUGAAGGCAACUUCCCAUCCGGCACGUCAUCAGCAGACUUCGCCAAAAUCUCAACACCUGAGUCUGCAUUAGCUUCAGAGACCGAGGAGAAGUGGACAGAAGAGGAGACUCUUCUUCUUCUCGAAGGCCUUGAGGAAUUCGAUGACGAUUGGAAUCGUGUUGCCGACUACGUAGGAACUAAGACGCGUGAGCAAUGUGUCAUGAAAUUUCUCCAACUCGAGAUUGAAGACAAGUACAUUGAAGCCGAGCUCCCAGAGUCGCAAUCCGCAGCCCCUUCAACCAAAUUUUUGCGCGACCUUGAGUACCUCAGCCAAGGUCGCGUUCCCAUCCACCACGCCGAUAACCCUAUUCUCAGCGUCGUCAGCUUCCUCGCCGGUCUUGCUCCUGCAAACGUCACCGAAGCCGCAGUGGCAUCUGGUCGCAGUGUCGGUGAAAUGAAACGCAUGCUCCAAGACAAAAUCAACAAAGCCCCUACCGCGCCCUCGGAAAAGGGUAAAGAGAAGGAGGGGGGCGAGAUAUCGACACCCUCGGCCACAACCACGGACGUCAAGCCCGAAACCGCAGAAGAUGCCAUGGACAUUGAUUCCACCACCGCUACUGCCAGCAAGGACGCAUCAGCCAACAAAGACGACAGCCUCAGUAAUCCUCUGGUCACCCUUCCCUUUGCCCUCAGCGCCGCCCGUUCCUCUGCCCUCGCCUCCCACGAAGAACGCCACAUCACGCGCCUCGUCUCCGGCUCGGUGAACCUGCAACUGCAAAAGCUCUCCCUCAAACUCGCCCACUUCAACGACUUUGAAAAACUACUCUCCGCCGAGCGACGCGAUCUCCAGCGUCGUAGACAGCAAUUAUUCCUCGACAGACUCAACUUUCAGCGUCGUGUCAGGGCGCUCGAAGACGCGACGAAGAAGGUUGCGAGUAACCUGGGCGGCCAGGGCCUGCCGGGCAGUAUGAAUAGCGAGGAGGCGGUUGCGGCGCUCACAGAGGCCGUGAGGGCGUUUGGAGUCGGUAGGGGCGAGGAGAGCGUGGGCGUCAAGAGCGAUGUUGGUAUGACGGAUGUUGCGCCCGUUGCUGAGGGAAAUGAGGGGUAUGCAAAGUUGGAGAUUUGA